AUGGGAACGUACGGUGAAGAUGUUAAUGAAAUUAAUUCACUUGUGUUUAAAUUGUAGCUGUUAAUAAAUGUGUGGUUAAAUAAAGCAGAUUUGUUAAAUCAAAGAAUCCAAAGGGCUUAAAAUAUGGAGGAAAAAUAUAUUUUAUCUCUUGAUAUUGGGACAACUACUAUUCGAUCCUUUAUUUAUAAUAGUAGAGCCGAAAUUGUUGAUAAAGCUAUUACUGAGGUGGUACUGCAUUAUCCUAGUAACGGUUUUGUAGAGAUAGAUCCUGAUGAAUUAUGGCAAACAAUUGUAGAAGUUGUUCAGAAAUCUUUAAAGAAUGCAAGUUUGUCACCGGGACAGGUAACGGGCAUGGGCAUAUCAACUCAGAGAAGCACAUUUAUUACUUGGUCACGUAAAACAGGCAAGCCAUUCCAUCGGUUUAUAACAUGGAAAGAUAUGCGGGCUGACAAGUUGGUUAAACAGUGGAACGAUUCUUAUACUUGGAAGCUGAUUAGGGCGGGUGCCUAUGUAUUAUACUUGAUGUCGGGUAGUAGAAGGUUCCGCGCUGGCAGCGUAUUAAAAUUCAUGAACACGCAGACGACGCUAAGAUUGAGUUGGGCCAUGCAAAACAUAGCGGCCUUGAAAGAGGCGGCAAAAAACAACGACGCCAUGUUUGGAACUUUGGACACUUGGUUGCUGUACAAAUUAACAGAUCAUAAAAUCCAUAUGACGGACGUAUCUUCGGCCUCGGCAACGGGAUUUUUCGACCCGUUCACGAUGCAAUGGGCCGGUUGGGCCAUGGCUCUCUUUCACAUACAAUUGAGCUCGCUGCCUGCAGUAGUCGACACCGCUGGAUCACAUUUUACAAGUACAUCACCUAAGAUUUGGGGACAUGCUAUACCUAUUGUCAGUUGUAUGGCCGAUCAAACAGCUUCAAUGUGGGGCUCAUGUUGCUUCGAUGUUGGUGAUAUAAAACUGACAAUGGGUACCGGGACCUUCUUCAACAUCAACACUGGGACGCUGCCACAUGCGAGCAUUUCUGGCCUUUAUCCCGUCGUCGGAUGGAGGCUGGACAAGGAGUUGGUAUUUGUCGCUGAGGGGGCCAAUAAUGAUACAGCUUCUAUUAUCAAAUGGGCACAGAAUUUAGAUCUUUUCGACAAUCCCCAAGACACAGCGGAUCUCGCAAUGUCCGUACCAGAUUCAGAUGGAGUGUAUUUCAUACCGGCCUUUAGUGGAUUAGGGCCUCCCUACAACGACGGAUCAGCAGCUUCAGGAUUCAUAGGCAUGAAACCGACUACCACCAAAAGUCAUUUAGUCCGUGCAGUGCUCGAGUCCUUGGCUUUCCGCACUGCACAACUCUACUCCUGCGUUCAAGCGGAAACUAGUUAUAAUUUCCAUUGUAUCCGGUUGGACGGCGGCGUGUCAAAUAACGACUUUAUUGUGCAAUUAGUAGCGGAUCUUACUGGUUUACGAGUAGAGCGACCUGUUGAUGUCGAAAUGUCUUCACUGGGCUGUGCUUUCAUCGUAGGAUUGCAAUUGGGUAUAUGGAAAUCAAAAGAAGAAUUAAAGUCCCUUCGCAAGAUAGGCCAAACAUUCCAUCCCCGACCUCAAGUAAAGAAGACUUAUGAAUUGAUCAUAUCACGUUGGGAGGACGCUGUCAAACGUUUGUGCGGAUGGUAUUCAGAUGCAAAAUCAAGACAAUCGGUGAAUUCGGUUUCGGACUCUAGUAGUAGUUCUGUAACGCCUCAAAGUAGCUUUAAAGUUUCGGGUAAGAAAAAUGGACGUAACGGAAACUAUUCUAAAAUAAAAUAACGGUGGCUUUUCUGUUUGCUCGCAAUUUUCAUCGCGUGCUUACCUCUCUACAGAUGACAGUUACCCAACUUUUUUGUUAGUUUCCAUUGUUACAUGCGUCUGUUGUUAUGUCAGUGUAGGUAAUAUUUGUAUUAUAUACAAUUAAGUCUGUAGUGUAUAUCGGUAGUUAGAAAUAUGUAAACUUGCUUUAAUAUGCGAAAUGGUAUGUAAUAUCAGUGAAUUAGAUUGCGACUGGAUUUUGGAUCGGUACAUAUUAAUAUUUCGGGAGAAAUGGAACUGUGGUUGAUAAUACUGGGUACCUAUUUUUAAUUGUAAAUUUUUUUUCGAUAAUUUAUCCAUUACAACUGAAAACAAAAGAUCUGCAGCAAGCGAAUAGAGAAAUUCU